AAUGUAUCAAGCAAGCCACCAAGAGACAACAAUGCUAAAACGAAGAGACGGAAAAUUCAAGCCUCGAAAUCAACGGAAAAUCAAGGCAACACUAGUCAAUCUCCGUUGCCUUCUGUACCUUCUGCAACUCACGAUCAUAGUACUCAGGAUUCCGUCGCUUCGUCAUCGACAGUUGCUCACACCUUCAGUGGUCACCAUCAUUCUAUUCUUUCUCAGAGCUAAAAUGAAUAUUUUGUGUGGGAGUUGUACAUGGGUAGUGUCUCCUUUAGCACUUCAAAAAAUGAAGUUCCAUUAUGGUGUUUUCUUUGCUUACAUGAGGUUGAGGGAGCAGGAGAUAAGGAACUUGAUGUGGAUUUCUGAAUGCGUGGCUCAGAAUCAGAAGGCCAGAGUUCAUGACAGUGUUGUCUUCAUCUUUUAGUUCAAUUUUUGACUAGGAAGAAAAAGUAAUUUGUUCUUUUGCAUAAUCUUCUGUAAAUCACCUCCCUCUCAUCCUCCAAUGUUUGGCAGAGAUACUUACCUCUCCCUUUGUGAGAUUGUGUUAAAAAUUAUAGUUUUUGU